CUAGACCUGCGCCGGAACCAGAUUCGGCUCCUGCAAAUCUACCCAGACGCCUGGAACGAACCAAUUCGUUGCGGUUUCCAAGUCGUCUCGCUAGACGAAAGUCCUUCCUACGUUGCUCUGAGUUACGUAUGGGGCCGCGGAGAAGAGAACUGCGUCGUCACCGUCGAUGGGAAAGUGGUCCACGUCAAGCCGAACCUCUACGCAGCCCUCCGGAGAUUGCGAGCUCAUUCAAGGGAAGAUAACAUAUGGGUGGACGCGCUGUGCAUUGAUCAAGCCUGCACAAGAGAAAGAAAUCACCAGGUCAGAAUAAUGGGCCAGAUAUAUUCAAAAUGCAGAGAGGUCCUCGUCUGGAUGGGC